AUGUUCUUUCCACCUCACGAGGAUUUUGCUCUCGUCGAAGGGUUCAAGAAUGCAUCGACGGAAUGUCGUAAACUUGUCAAAACAGCAGAGAAUAGUCUACGUGGGAGAUCCGUUGUUACAUCUUGUGCAGAAGAUGUCUUAAAGCCCGAUUUUCCAGCUGGGUCAGUCAGACACAUGGUCAUUAAUGAUGAAGGACAGCCGCUAUGUAAACACACUAGUGAUCAUACCAUAUGGGCACGGCACCUCAACAGCCUUGAAUCUGUCUUAACUGUCUUUGGCUGCCGCUUUGUACCAUGGCUUGUCUUGCAAACUCCAAUUGUACAAAGCCUCAGAAGGCUUGAUCUUUACUGCUGUUUCCCUUAUUUUUUCCAUCCCGAUUUUGCCGCGAAGCUCAACUUUCCUAACCUUGUCGAGUUACGUUUGGCGUACGCUCACCCAACGGAUCUUGUUGGAGCAGAUAUACUGUUCUCGAAAUUUUUCUUGUUGGAAAGCGAAGCCCAUGAGACAGGGUAUAUGGCUGAACGCAUCGCUGCAUUUUCUGCAUUAAAAGGCGCCCUUAUCGAAUUGCAGCACCUUCGACUUCUUUCACUGCAUAUAUCGCUUACUUGCAGGGAAAAAGUGGAGGCAGCCAGGGAAUAUCAUGACAAGGAGCAUGGAAGCGACUCCUCGCUGCUCAGAUAUAGAUGUUGCAAGGACUGUACACUUGAUCGCGAUGACGAAGCUGCAAAGCUGAGGGAAAGAAGCGAAACAAAAAAGCUAGCAGAGGCAUUGCCCAAACUCGAAUGUGUUCGGUGGACAGAUGCAUGGAGGAGAGAAUAUUUUGAUGAAGUGGGACAGAGAGAGUACGAGGUUGGUAGGAAAGGCAGUGGUGAACUUGAUAUUGUUGACCGCGGUGUUAUUAUCUUUGAGAGUAGUAGGCUUGUUAUAUAG